ACGUCAGCACCUUUGUGGUCUCAAUCAAUCCUAUAAAAAUGGAGCAACUCGCGUUCCCAUUGAAUCACCAACUGCCUUUAAACAUUAAUCAACGUCCUCUCGCAAUUAAAAGUUAUUUCUCUUUGAAUAUUAAAUGUCAAUGAAGCAAUUGAAAUAUUUCGAAAUAAUUGACGUAUGCGAUAUAUGAAACAUUUGACAAUUGAGAUAUACAGUACUCUUUAAUGUACUAAUUCAAUUUAAUGUAUUAACGCCUUUUUAUUUAUUUUCAACGCCAAGAUUUAUUGUUAUCGAAAUAUAUUAAACAAAGAUGAUGAUGAUGAUGGUGAAACUAAACAGACAAAGCUGAAGCGUCACCGGGCAUUCUACUUGGAUCAAAACAUUAUAUGUAUUAUGUUCUUUAAUUUAAAGAGUAGAAAUAUAAUUUUUGUGUACAUCUAUUAAAAAUUCAAUUAUAUUUGUAGUUUUAUCUAUUUCUAACAGACUAAUGGAAAUGUUAAAACGACUGUGUAAAGGACAUGAUUCAUUUUACUAUUUCCUCUAUACACACGAAUAUCACAGCGUUUUCAUUUCCUCUCUAUUGCAAAUAUGUGUCAUACUAAACCGCAAAUCCUACAUCACCUUUAAUGUUCGUUGUGUCACCCUUUGUCUUGUUUCACAUCCUACAUUUUCCUUCAUUCCUUUCUGCGAAUUCAGAAUUAUCCAAUGUACUUUCAGAAAAUUGAAAGAACAGCCUACAUCUACUGUGAAAGAUUCUAAUCUUUUCUUGUCAAACAACGAGGCGUUUUUGAAGUUUAAAAAUAUAUCGAAUGAUACAGGUUUAACGCGAUGUGAUUGCGUUUAUCGGGUUUUCAUUCGCGAUAUUUUUACGACGGUACGAACGCUGCUAUGGGUCGUUUUACAGGGAAGAAAUGUCGUCUGUUAACGAUGUUGUGGCUCACUGCUGUUUUCUUCUUAGUAGAAAUAGUAGUGGGCUACGUUACGAACUGCAUGGCUUUAAUAGCCGAUAGUUUUCAUAUGUUAUCCGACGUAGCAGCUUUGGUCGUCGCAUUUCUUUCCGUAAAGAUGUCACCAAAGAAAUGGUCGAAGAAUACGUUCGGCUGGGCCAGAGCCGAGGUUUUAGGCGCUUUGGUAAACGCCGUCUUUUUAGUCGCAUUGUGUUUCAGUAUUACCGUGGAAGCGUGUAAGAGAUUUAUCGAAGUAGAAGAAAUACACGAAGCCAAAUUGCUCGUAGUGGUCGGAGGGCUUGGUUUGCUAGUGAAUAUUAUUGGAUUGUGCCUGUUCCAUGAGCAUAGAAGUUCUCAUGCACAUUCACAUGGCAUAUCUAGAAGUCAUAAUCGAUUGAGCACCCUAGUAGGAACGGAUGAUAAUGAGAAUGAUGAAACUUAUAGGCCGUCGACGCCUCAAGUGAAAAGAACGCACGGGCACACGCACGAUGCGAGUCAGAUGAAUAUGCGCGGUGUGUUUCUUCACGUACUCUCAGAUGCUUUGGGAUCUGUGAUUGUAAUCAUAUCUGCUUUAAUCGUUUGGCUAACAAAGUGGAAGUACAGAUUUUACAUCGAUCCAGCUCUCUCGCUUUUAUUAGUUAUUCUUAUUCUGCGAUCAGUCUGGCCAUUGCUCCAGGAAUCUGCACUGAUUUUACUACAGACCGUACCCACGCAUAUUCAGGUCGAUGCCAUCCAGCAACGACUGCUUGAAAACAUCGAUGGGGUUUUAGCCGUGCACGAAUUUCACGUGUGGCAAUUGGCUGGCGAUCGGAUCAUCGCAUCGGCGCAUAUAAGAUGUAGAAAUUUGUCUGAGUAUAUGAAAAUCGCGGAGCAAGUAAAAGAAUUUUUCCACAACGAGGGUAUACAUUCUACUACGAUACAGCCAGAAUUCAUUGAUUACCAUUCUAAUAGUGAAGUUAAGGAGACACCAACGGAAGAUUGUGUAUUGGACUGCCCAAAGACUGACAAGCCUUGUAAUCACGCGACGUGUUGCGGCCCUUCCAAACAAGGUCGUGAAACGCCUUCGCCGGGAGAAACACCGUACAUGUGCAGACAGCGCAACAGUCUUGCACGUUCGACUGGCUCGUUGGGAGGAACCGAACAACAAGAAGUAAACGAAAUGGAACGCGGACACCUGCUAUCACUGCCCGCCUCGCAUCACUCCGUCCAACUUCCACAUUCUCACGUUAACACACCAGUCGUUUAAGUUAUCAUCGUAUUAUCAAAUAUCUACCUCUGUAAUACAAUCUGCGGCGCGUUACAAUGUUAUUAUACAAAAAUUCAAUAAAGUAAUAUACACGCUAUAUUUUAUUGCUAAAUUUAA